UUCGCAGACAAGACAUAUAUCUGGGACACAUUACGCUGAAAUACCACAUACCUGGGGCACAGUUCGCACAAGUGAGACAUAUAUCUCAACGCAUCACGCAUAUCAUGCAGUCGAUGUUUACCAUUCUGAAUGUACCCAGGACCUACCCACGUGUUCAUCUUUUCGAACAAACACCUAUGAUUCUUUCAAAUACAUUCUGCAGUAGACCUGUAGUCAGCUGUAUUGACUAAGUCGCCAAAUAUUUCACAACCUUGUUACUGUAAACACCGGAGUACUCAUCCCCGAUGCAAGCAGUCACGUACUUCAAUGCGCACUACCGUGACAAUAAAUCUACGUAUACAAAACAGGUUCACUGAAGUGGCAACGCAGUGUGCACUCUACGUCAGUGCUCGUUCCCCGCGUUCAGCCUUGUCCUCAGCACACUUCCUUCCCAGGAACAAGAUGGUGAAGUCGAGUAUUCUCGCCUCCCGCGACAAGUGGGUUGUUGGCCUUAUCUUCCUAUUUUAUGGAUGCCACAAUACUCUUGGUGACAUAUCUACGAUAUGGCAUGACAGAGAUCCAGAAGAUGAAAGACACCGCAGAGCAGAAUACCAAACUCUGAACACCUCCAACUGGUGGGAUGCAGGACAGGAGUGUAAGGAGUUUGGAGGCCAGUUGUACGUCCCCGGUGCAGAAAGCAUCUCCCAAGACGUGAUAGAUGCUCUGGAAGAAGACGAAUACUAUUGGGUUGGAGCCGUGAAGAAUUCCAAAUGGAUAUGGACGUCAGAUGCUUCCCCUUUGUACACCUAUGUCGGCUACAAACCUACUCCUAGCAUGAAGAAAACCCAUAUCCAUGGAAACUCUGCCUUUCAGUGCCACUUGGAGUGUGACGACGACAGUGUUGUUGGUUUGAGAGGUGAGGAGUGUUACUGCUUGUCGGCGGCGGUCCAAGCAACCUCCACAAACACUUCUCAAAUCAGAUGCUCAGGCAACUUUGAUCAAUCAUGUGGAAAUGAAGACGGAAUGUCACUUUAUGCUAUAGUUUUAGAUCGCGCUGAAAUAUUCUUAAAGGAAGAUGGCGAGUGUGGUUAUGCAGAGAAAGAAUGGAGAGGGUCCAUCAGCUUACAUUUUGACCAGAACUGUGACAGGGAAAGGUCUCUUGCUUGUCCAGAGCCGCUGCAGGAUAGUACACGAUGCCGGGGAACCGUAUGCGUUAAUAAUGACGAAAUGACUUGGGACGAAGCCAACAGAACACACCCUUUGCUGAAGGUCAACAACACUAACAGGCUUGAUCUGCAUAACGCCAUGGGUCGUUGGUGGAGCUACUGGAUUGGUUUGAGGAGAAAGUACUUCUGCAAAUGGAUAAAUGGACAGGACGUGAGCACUGACUAUGACGGCAGUGACCUGUCUGAAGCCUGCCUUACUGUACGGAAACUAGGCGACCAGUCAUCUCCCCUUGUUCGCUUCACCUGGCUCCCCUGUGAUGAAGAAAUGUUAUCUCUCUGUGAAUCGGUGAAACCGGGAACCACCUAUGUGCCUGAACCACAGCCGAACACUGCUGAACCACCAACAUCGACCGGCACCAACCACACAGAACUCUACGGACCGAUCAAAGGCAGUGCUGGGGUCUAUAUUGGAGCUGCCGUGGGCUGUGUUGCCGCUGUGAUAUGCUGCAUAGUUCUGGUACUAUUUAUAAGACGGAAGAAGAAGUUCUGUUUUGUGGAAAAGUCAGACACACAAACACCUGUCUUCAGCAACCCCACUGCUGAAAGCACAACCUACUGUCUAACCACAUCCACUGACCCCUACUACUCUAUGCCCAACCCUCCAGAAGGUCAGUUACCCGACCCUUCUCUGACGAAGUCCAUUCAUGACCAGAAAUCUUCAGACCCUUACUACUCUACCCUUGCUGUACAAGAGAAACCGGCUCCUCCCACGGCCGUCGUCAUGCCAUACCGACCAUCAGAACAGACGCUCUAUGUAAACUCUCCAGAGACUGCAAAGGAAGGAGUAUACAAUAAAUUGUCUGAUACUGAAAACCCGAACACUGACAGUACUGGAAAUGCAUACAACCAUACUUCCGGUUUAUUGCAAAAUAGCUAUAAAGGGGAAUAUGAUUCCGCAAAGGCAUUGGGUGAUGAAGAUGAAGGCAUCCAGGAUCAUCUGCAUCUGGGUCCACCAGCAGAGGAAGAAGAUGAUGGAAUAUACAAUAUUCCUGACUACGCUGAGCAUCAAAGAGCAGAUGGUGAUUACGACAAAGCGAAUAUUAAACGUUAUAAUUUGGCUCUUACCGACAGUAACACAAGUCAGACAUCUGUUACCAAUUCCAAAAGUCUUGUGGAACCUGCACCUGAUUCUCAAGCAUCUGCUCCGGCUCAGAGUGUUCCUGAAGGAAGUGAUGACGAUUCCUAUGAAAUACCCAUUGAAGGAACUGGCAAUGAUUCUACGGUAGUAAACGCGGAUACGGCCAGUAUCAGCGGCAACGUCGAUGAAACAGAUAUUUAUGAAUGUAUUGACAAUAACAACUCGGGCCAAACUGGCCGAGAUGAGGAUGAUAACGCUACCAGUGAAGGUGACGUCUCUGUAUGUCAGGACGAGUUAGAAGCAGCCACAUACUCUGCUGAGGACUGGUACAAAGAGGAUAGAGAACAUAUAUAUGGUAAUAUCGAAUCCGACUCCAGCACUGUUGGCCCUGUACAAGAUGGUCACUGCUACUACAACAUAGUCAGCGACACCAACGCUCUGUCAACACAACCGUCUACGUAUUGCAUCGAUGACGACAAUGUCUAUUCUCUGGCUACCCAUGCAUAGGUCCGGCCAGCUUGACGUAUAUGUGUGUCAGUAUGAUAUAUACACUAAUGAGUUGGUAAUGUCAACACCGAUAUUGUCUCAGUCACGAUAGUAACAAAAAACUUCAAUAUCUGUCAUCGCAGCACAAAAAUAUACUAUAUAUAAUUGCCAUGGACAAUUCAGGGCUCCAGAUAAUUAUUUUGACUCAAGAGUAUUUCACUCCUCAAAAUUAAAAUUUAGGAGUAAAAUACCAAAUGGAGGAAUAUUUCACAAAUGUUUUAUUACUUUUCCUUGAUAAUUGAAACAG